UGUCACCUGAUCAAGAAGAGGGUGUGCUAAUGUUUACAACCACUGGGCUGUCAAUAAGUUUAUCGCAGUAACUGUGAUUUUGUCGAUAUUUGAGCAAUAGAUGAAAAGAAAAGUAAACAAUGACGCAAUCUAAAUGACUUCUUCUCGCAUGCAGGUUUAUGUCCACUGUGAGCCGCCUGGUUGGUCUUGACUCACACUGACUGAGCUGACAACUGAAAAGAACAUUUCAGUGUAAAUUUACUCGUUAAACAGCGUCCCGAUGGAGUGGGUGUUCAUUAUGAACCGGAUGAGCUCUCAGGGCAGCUCAGCAGCCCAGCGGAGACGAAUGGCGCUCGGGGUGGUGAUACUCCUGCUGGUGGAUGUCAUCUGGGUAGCUUCUUCGGAGCUAACAUCGUACAUUUUCAAGCGACAGGAGUACAACAAACCCUUCUUCAGCACCUUCACCAAAACCUCCAUGUUUGUGCUGUAUUUGCUGGGUUUCCUGUUGUGGCGGCCCUGGAGGCAGCAGUGUACCGGCACUUUGAAACGCCGGCACUCUGCGUUUUUUGCUGAUGCUGAGGCCUACUUUGCCUCCUGCACCACUGACACCACUGUGAACAACUGUUUGAGUGAACCGCUGUAUGUGCCGGUGAAGUUCCAGGACGUCCCUGCAGAUCACUCAAAUUGUUUAAUUGGAGACUGUGAAUCUUCAGCUUCCAAAAAGCAGCGAGUGCGUUUUAGUAACAUAAUGGAGGUGCGUCAGCUGCCCUCUACUCAAGCCCUGGAGGCCAAACUGUCCCGUAUGUCCUACCCAGCCGCCAAGGACCACGAGGCCAUGUUGCGCACGGUGGGCAAGCUAACCGUCACCGAUGUAGCCAAAAUCAGCUUCUUCUUCUGCUUCGUGUGGUUCCUGGCUAACCUGUCGUAUCAGGAAGCUCUGUCCGACACGCAGGUCGCCAUCGUCAACAUUCUGUCAUCCACCUCAGGUCUGUUUACACUCAUCUUGGCAGCCAUAUUUCCCAGUAACAGCAGUGACCGUUUCACCUUGUCCAAACUGUUAGCCGUGGCGCUGAGCAUGGGAGGCGUUGCCCUCGUGAGCCUCUCCAGCAUGGACAACCCCGAUGAGAAAGGCGUCUCAGGUUCUCUGUGGUCACUGGCCGGGGCGAUACUGUACGCCGUCUACAUCGUUAUGAUAAAGAGACGAGUGGAUCGGGAAGAUAAGCUCGACAUUCCCAUGUUCUUCGGGUUUGUGGGUCUGUUUAACCUGCUGCUGCUGUGGCCCGGCUUCCUCCUGCUGCACUACACGGGCUUCGAGGCCUUCGAGCUUCCCAGUCAGCUGGUGUGGACGUACAUCCUCAUUAACGGGCUCAUCGGAACCGUUCUCUCGGAGUUCCUCUGGCUCUGGGGCUGUUUCCUCACAUCAUCUCUAAUCGGGACUCUGGCUCUCAGCCUCACCAUCCCGCUCUCUAUUAUAGCAGAUAUUUGUAUGCAGAAGGUGCGUUUCUCGUGGUUAUUUUUUGCCGGGGCGGUUCCUGUCUUCCUCUCCUUCUUCAUCGCUGCGCUCUUAUGUCACUAUAACAACUGGGACCCUGUCUUGGUGGGGCUGAGGAGAGUAUACGCCUUCAUCUGGAGGAAACAUCGCAUUCAGAGACUGCCGGAAGACAGCGAGCAGUGUGAAAGCCUUAUUCCUCUACACACCGUCUCCCCAAACGAAGGAAGCUUCUGUUCGUGAUCCAACGGUCAAACACAAAGUGGCAGACGUGGAUCUCGCUGAGCUGACAAUCUGGAAGCUUUCAGAGACGAUGAACUACCGCAGUGCCUACGAUUAAAGCUAUUUAUUUUCUACAGUGUUCAGACCGCCCAUCCAUUUCUACAUACACGCUCGACCGAGGAGCUGUUUUUACUUUUUUUUUUUUUUUGACGCAUCUGUUUAAAAAAAAAAGAAAAGAAACUCUUAUGGUACUCAAGGUGCUGGACAUUAUCAGUGAUUACUAAUAGUGUCAUGUGACCAAAUGAACUGGUACAUGUUGAACUUGAUCAGAACACUAAUAGAGGUGGAGCGUUUGUUUUUUUAAAAAAAAGGUCUGAAUCAAUGGAAAGGAGAUUGUUCUCAUCAAUGAAGCUCUGGACAAUCUGUCCAAAACCCUGCUUACACACACACACACACACACACACACACACACACACACACACACACUGAGGCAGGAUAUCAGUGAAGCGCCUCCUUGAAUUAUAUACAGCAGCACUGUCACUAAUUUCAACACCUGCAUCUGUUGAAAUUAGUGCCAUCUGGAGUGUCAUCGCACUAAUUUUCCUUCCGUUUCAUCCGUGAUUCUUUCUUUACAAAUUGUCCAUGUGACACAUCUGUACGACUAGAAUCAACCAGCUACAACAGGAGCUGCUGCUCAGAGUGACCUCCAGGUGUGUGUGUGUGUUGUGAGAUAUUUUUCAUCUCCUUAAGGCCUCCAGGUGACGCCAACACUUUCCUGACAGGGUUGAAUAUUUUAAUUUAGGGCUGCAUCUGAUGAUAAUUCUCAUUAUCGGUUAAUCUGCAGAAGAGUUUCGUCUUCAAAAUGUCAGAAAAUAGAGAAAACAGUUCAAGGUAACAUAUUCAAAUUGCUUAUUUUAUUCAAUUGAACUGUUCAAAAUCCAAAAAUAUUCAGAUUAUUAUCAUAUCUGACAAAAAAAAGCAUCAAAUCCUCAAAUUCAAGAAUCUGGAACAAGUGAUUUUUGGCAUUUUUGCUUUAAAAAUACGAUUGAACGGUUAUCAAAAUAGUUGCUGGUUAAUUUUCUGUCGAUGAACAAAUCGAUUAAUCGACCAAAUCAUUGCAGCUCUAACAGAAAAUAUCCUUCAAGUCUGAGACUUGUCUUGAUUUUCUUCCGUUAGAGAAACCUUUGUCAGUCUGAUGUUUUUGGACGUGAAGAACGACAUCAUCCCACCGUACGUUAACGAGAAAGCAUCUUUCAUAUCUUCCUCCUCUUCCUCUCGACAGUGCUGGAUCAUGAAGACAAACUGUGAUAGAGACAUAGUCUUUGUUUUUGUUUUUUUAAUGAAUAUGAACUGAUAGUAAGCCUUCCGCUAUAAGCUACAAACCGCCUUGCUGCAAUAACGGUCGUCUGCUCGGAAAAAACGAGCGGUUUUCAUAAAUGGGUGUAAAUACUGUACACAGUGAACAUUUAACACAAGUAUUGAUGUUUUUGUUUGUGAAAUUCAGAUGACCACUAAAGAUUCCUCUUCUCAGAUUAUGUGUUAUUUUAUGUUUUAUGUAUCAGCCAAAUUUAACUUGCAACUGAGAUUAUAUGAUCCUUUUUUUUUUUUUUUUUUCCAUUUUUCAAAAGCAAAAAAAAAAAAAAAAAAAUAUUUACCCUGUUUGUGAUUUCCUGUGAUGAGAUAAAAAAGCAUUUCUUUUAGUAGCCUCAGUGUCUGUCACGUAAUCCAGGAUGUAAACACUACAGUUUGAAGGUGAAUCGUCCAUGUUGUUCCUCUCAUCCUGUUAAAUGUCAGACGUGUGUGUGUGUGUGUGUGUGUGUGUGUUUGUACAUCUUCAUCAUCUACGGAGUGUUUUUUUACUGCACUCGUCACUGACUGGACGCAUGAAGUGGAGGAAGUAAUAAUCCGCCUGUGAGGGUAAAUUAACAGGUUGAGCACUUUAAGUGAGACACAUAAACUCGUCUACUUCAUGUUCAUUAUUACAUUUUUUGUUUGUUUUGUUUUGUUUGUUUAUUUUGUUUCCAUCCCACCUUCUGUCACGAUUGCGAGUAUGAAAGCUUUUCAAGGAUCAUCACAUUACAAGUGGUGAUAUUUCCCCACGUUGACUUUAUCACUGGUGCUCGUGGAAUCAUUGAUAUGAUUUUUUUCUUUCUCAGGUACUUUGUUCUGUUUGUUUGUUUGUUUGUUUUUUAAAAAAAUCUGAAUGGUUUCUUUGUCUUUUAAGUUUCAUGAAUUAAUUUGUUAUACGAUCUUAAAGAAACUCAUGAGAAAAGCUGUAAUAGAAACGUCUCUUUUAUCAACUUAAGCUCUUGUAAUUAUCCUUUUUAUUUUGCGAGCCUGUUUUCAUAGUUACACUGCACUAUUAAAACAUAUCUUU